CCAGCACCAUUGCACCAAUGCAAACGCAUUUAUUCGUUAUUUAAAAAAAAAACAACGAAAUACCCGUUCGGAUACUUAUGCCUGGCUUAAUGCAUAAAAUUUAAAAGUAAAAAAACUGUACCGGUUUUCAGUGAAUAGUGUUGUGAAAAUGAACGGAUGCAAUACCAGAAAAUGAAAUGAAGGGGAGUGUUUUUGGAACACCGAAAAUACCUGUGAUAUUAGGAAAAAUAGUUUUAGGCUUGAUUUUCACAAAAGCGGAUCUCACAUACUUCGCUAACCGAUUUGUGUGGUACGCGUGCCAACUGCGACUGCAAACCUCGAUGGACAGCAGCGUAGAUUUCUUCGAAAGCCUCAUCAACGAAGAUGGCAGAUUCGCGGAGGUGAACAACAACUGUCAAGAACCGACGCAGCGCUGGCAACGACCACGGCCACGGCCGUUGGUUGAAGCGGAAAACAUUAACAAUGGAGGCCAGUCAUUAUCUCCGCCGCACAGUCAGACGAUCUCGCAGCGCGAGACAGGCACCCAGGUGUCUCAGUGCUAUAGUGGCCCGCCUUCCCCCUGCGGGUCCUCGAGCUCCGUCCCGUCGCCCACAGCGAGCCCCGCUCCGCCCCCGGGCUCCGCCACACUGGACCCCAACUGGCAAGCUACCAAGCCUACCAUAAGGGAGCGGAAUGCAGCUAUGUUCAAUAAUCAACUGAUGGCUGAUAUCACAUUUGUUGUUGGCAGCCCCGGCCACACACAAGUGAUCCCAGCCCACAAGUAUGUUUUAGCAACGGGCAGUUCCGUGUUCUACGCCAUGUUCUACGGAGGGUUGGCAGAGUGUAAACAAGAAAUAGUGGUUCCAGAUGUUGAGCCCUCAGCUUUCCUAACAUUAUUAAAGUAUUUAUACUGUGAUGAAAUCCAGCUAGAAGCGGACACAGUGUUAUCAACACUAUAUGUCGCAAAAAAGUACAUAGUGCCUCAUCUAGCAAGAGCCUGUGUCAAUUAUCUGGAGACUAGUCUCACAGCAAAAAACGCUUGCCUCCUUCUAAGCCAGUCCAGACUCUUCGAAGAGCCAGAACUCAUGCAGAGAUGUUGGGAAGUGAUCGACGCCCAGGCUGAGAUGGCCCUGACAUCAGAAGGAUUCGUAGACAUUGAUAUUUCAACUCUGGAGUCAGUACUAGCGAGAGAAACUUUAAAUUGCAAAGAAAUAAAUCUAUUUGAGGCAGCUUUAGCUUGGGCCCAAGCAGAAUGUUCUAGAAAAGAAAUGGAGUCGACACCAAGCAACAAACGAGCAAUGCUCGGAAGCGCUAUAUACUUGAUCAGAUUCCCUACAAUGUCUUUGGAAGAGUUUGCCAACAGCGCUGCUCAGAUAGGAAUACUCACACCACAAGAAACUAUAGACAUAUUUUUGCAUUUCACCGCGUGCGCCAAACCACCACUGUGCUACCCCAUCAAAUCGCGAGCCGGACUCAAGUCUCAGAUAUGUCACAGAUUUCAAUCCUGCGCUUAUAGAAGCAAUCAGUGGCGAUAUCGCGGCAGAUGCGACUCUAUACAGUUUUGCGUAGACAAGAGGAUAUUCGUUGUUGGCUUUGGACUGUACGGAUCAUCGAAUGGUGCUGCAGAUUACAAUGUGAAGAUAGAGCUGAAACGCCUAGGCAGAGUCCUGGCAGAAAACAAUACGAAGUUCUUCUCGGAUGGCUCAAGUAACACAUUCCAUGUUUACUUCGAGAACCCAAUACAGAUAGAGCCGGAGUACUUCUACACAGCCUCUGCUAUCCUAGAUGGAAGCGAGCUGAGUUACUUCGGACAAGAAGGACUGAGUGAAGUAUACAUGGGUACAGUGACUUUCCAAUUCCACUGUUCUUCAGAGAGUACUAAUGGGACAGGGGUGCAAGGUGGACAGAUACCAGAAUUGAUCUAUUAUGGACCUACGAUGAGUGGAGGUGGGAGCGAAGAAUGACAAUUAAUGCAAAGGCCGCGUCCGCUCAAAUACAUGUCCGUGUAAUGGUAUACACUUUUGACCUACAAAAAGUUUCACUUAGUUUCAUUAGGCAUUACUUAGGGUCGGUUGCACCAAACCGUCUGUCACAGUUUGUUUUACCGUUCGCAAAAUUUUAUUGUAUGGAAAGUUUCAUAGUUCUCUGCUGCUUGACGUUAAUCAAUCUGUUAAUUGUAGUUGGUGCAACUGGCCUUUAAUGUCUCAGUUUUCUAUUAUGGAUUGUAAAACAAAAACUUGUAAAUAUUUUUAGUUACGAAUAAGAAAUCUAGGUCAAUUGAAACAUUAGGUCAAAGGAUUUUUGGUUAACUAGUGACUCCGGCUUGACAUGUAUUGAGUGACGUAACCAAUAUUAUCGGGAUAAACGUUCAAUAUUUUAACAUUCCCAAAAUGUUAUUGUUUCGUAGAAAAUAUAAUAUGACUUGUAUAUUGUUGAGUUAAAUAGACGUAAGGGAACCUAAAAAUGUGAUAUGGAUGUCGUAAUGCUCUCUAUAAAAUGCUUAAACUAGAAAUGAUCCAUAACACAAAUUUAUUGCAAUAUAUUACAAUUAAUAUUUA